AUGUCAAACAAUAAAGAACCCACACCACAUACCUCAACAACUGAACAUGAAGAAGAGGAACCACUGAUACUAUUCAAUAAUGAAGAUGUAGAAGAGGGGCUACAGAACUAUAACAAUAGCUUAGUUGAAAAACUGCUCUCAGACAAAAACAUCAAUAUCUCAUGGAUCCAAUCUAUUAUGCAUAACAUAUGGAAGAAACUGCAGAAAAUGAGAAUCGUUGAGCUAAAACCAAAACUCUAUCAGUUCUUUUUUCAUAACGAAGCUGACCUAGAAAAAAUCCUAAAAGGGAACCCUUGGUCCUUUAGAAACUCGUGGCUGGUAUUAAAGAAGUGGGAUAGAAAAGAAGAGCUAGAAGGGGAAGGACUGGACCAAGAAGACAUCAACGUCCAAAUAUGGAACUUGCCUGAACAUUGUAAGACAGCCAGAUUAGGGAGAAAAAUAGCAGGAUGCUUAGGAGAGGUAAAGGAAUGUGAAAUAUACGAAGUCACAAGAGACCAAACAAGGUUUCUUAAGGCAACAGUUACUGUGAACAUCCAUAAACCUCUUCUCAAGGGAGCAAAUCUGGGCAGCAAAGAAGAUGGACUAAUUUGGGUGGAUUUCAGGUAUGAGAGGCUACCAAACUUUUGCUAUUACUUUGGAGUCAUAGGACAUGAGGAGAACAACUGUGCCAGCGCUGUUGAAGGCCAGGAAAAAGGGACAAAUAGAUCCAAAAAUAUGGAUCCAUGGCUAAAAGCAGAUAGUUUGGGUACCAAACUAAACAAGGGCAAAAUGCAAAACAAGAGCGAUACAGAGGAAAAGAAGGGGAGAAAUGCACUCAACCUGAAGAAACUUGAAGAGAAAAUGCUGGAAGGGCUGGCAAAGCUAACAAUGGCUGAAGGGAACGAUAUAGAAGGAGGAACUGGAAGCCCCGCGGAAAGAGGAAGCAUAACACCAACAAAGCUCCAAGAAACAAAAGGAGCACAAGAAUUAAACCUAACACAGAACCACAAAGGCACACAAGAAGAAGAAGAGCCAGAUAGAAUGAUUGUGGGCCUGGAAGACAUCAUAACUGGAGAUAGUGUAGAAACAAAAGAAAAAGAUAAGCAAGGGAAAGAAGAGAACAAGGAGAAAGGAAUGUCAAAGUAUCUAAAAGACUCGACCAACACAAUGAGCACACCAACCAAAGUAGGAACCAAAAUGUGA